GUGAAUCACUAUCCACUUUGUUAUCUCGUGUAGAUUGCCUUUUGUGAUCAGUUCUGUUUUAAGGAAGAAUGGAGUGUUAAAAAAUGAACAACAGACAGAUACUCAAUCAUUGAAAUGGAUGAACUGUUGGAUGAAAUAGAUCUCGAUGUCUUUCAAGAUCUCGGUGUCUUUCACAGAUGCAUAGAGAAAGAAAAGGUUCGGUUCUUCGAAUUAGCAAUGAACAAAGGCUCGAAUAAGUUGAAUAUAUGCAACGGAAAGGGUGAAACAGCUCUUCAUAUAGCAUGCAAGCAUCCUGACGUUAAUGCAUUUACUCAUCGUAUACUUGGAGGGAUAUCAAAUGUAAAUGCACAGAACUACUGGAGACAAACUCCGUUGCACUAUGCCGCCGCUGCUAGGUCUGUGGGAACUAUUAAAGUACUUCUAAGUCAGCCAGGAAUCGAUGUGAAUUGCAUGGAUGUUAAUGGAUACACAGCACUGCAUACGUUUGUGAUUUCUAGCAAGAAAUUUGACGGCAACUGGAAAGAGGGGAUGAAAAUUCUUGUUGAAGCAAAAAUUGACAUUAACGCUCAAACUAAAUAUGGACAAACUAUUCUGCAUUUAGCAUCCCUUCAAGACGACAAUACAGAAUUUCUCGGUUACAUGCUGAGCAAAUAUCAAGAUAUUGAUUUUAAAGCAGUAAACAUAGCUGGGGAAAACUUUCUUCACAUUUACAGCAUGACGGAGAUUGGUCACGACUGUAUGAGUUUCUUUGAGAAAAUGAGAAAGAUCAAUCAGCCUGUCUUACAAAAGUUACUCAGUCAACAAGACGUGUCUGGUUCGACACCCUGGUGUCUCAUGGUUGAAAAUGGAGAACUAACUUCCGAACAUUUCAAAAGAAUGAUAGAAGUGUACGGCGUGUCUGUUCAUGGCAGCGACAAUCUUGGUAACACUGCACUGCACCGGCGUGUUGGUAAAGGUGGUGUAUUAUCAGAACACAACUUGGAAAUUUGCAGCCUGAUGGUUCAGAAGGGUAUAGAUAUAAAUUGUCUUAACGUUUUCGGUCAAUCAGCUGGAUCGGUAAUAUUUUAUGAAGAAGUUUGUAACUUCUUACUCCACAAUAAACUUGAUCUUAUGAUACCAGACCGCUGGGGCAGGACUCCAGUCUUUUACAUGCUUAACCAAUCCACAAAUCCUCGUGUUAUUGAAGCAAUGUCAAGAACGUGUCGUCUUACGGAAAACACCAAAGAUGCCUAUAUGGCAACACCGCUUCAUUAUGCUGCAUACGGAGGUCUAGAGGAGCAUAUGCAAGUGCUCUUGAAACAUGGUGCUGAUUUAAACCCCAAAGACUCACUAGGAGACACUCCAUUAGAUACGGCACGUCGACAUGGAAAUCGAAACUGCUGGAAAUUGCUAGCUUCGGCAAUGCGCCUUCCAACCGCUGACAAAGUUGACUUUCUUUAUAAGUCACAGGGUGUAACGUUGAACUUGUCAUCCUUAUAUAAGGGUCAGCCUUUAGAUAAACUACUGGCAGGAUUUCCUAAAGACAUUGAAAUGUUUGCAGAACGUGCUCUUGAAUCAAAGUACAAAGCUGGAAAGACCCUCGACAAUUAUUCAGAUGUGUCUGACAUAGUAUCAGCAGUAAAUCAACACGUUAGAAGCGUUUGUCAGAUUGUAAGCGGGUAUGACUCUAGGUUUCGAAUAUCUGUUUUCCCAACCGGAAGUUCAGCGGAAGGUACGAAAGUAGGGCCUCCUGAUGAAUUCGACUUUGUGCUUUGUAUUGAGAGUCUGGGUGAAACUUGUGACAUAGAAACAUCUGAGUUUGCAAAUCCCGGAUACGCAAAACUACGGUUUCGAGACAAUCCCGUGCACGAUGAAUAUAUGUCGUUUUCUGAUACUGAUCGUUAUUUCUUGGCGUUACCAUUCCUACACUAUCUUUUUCGAUAUAUAAGAAGAGCUCUGAAUGAAACGCAGCUUUGGAAAGACGGCAAUCUUUAUACCAGAUCUGAAGAAACAAUUCGUGUCCUCUAUAAGAAACCCGUCUUCAAUUACGACUUGUACUGGGUCGGGGCACACAACAAGAAUAUGAAAAUAAGCAUCGACCUAGUGCCAGCAGUAUAUCAACGAGGAUGGUGGCCAAGGCAUACCAAGUUUGACCAUAUGAAGCUGAUGCAUGACACUGUGAAUGCUGCUGGCUGCUUCGUGUUGAUGCAAACCGAAGAAAACAGCUUUUCCCAAGGAUGGUAUCGAAUGAACGAUUCGAUAAACUUAACAUGCAAUUCCUCGAACAGAGACGACAAACACCGGCUCCUACAGAUAAGCGUUGCUCCUGCAGAAAUUGCCAUCAUGAAAUCUCUUCCGGAAAUUUACCGGCAAGCGUAUGCUUUAGCAAAGAUUGCGAAAAGUGCAGAUAUUUGCCCAGACGUUCAAAUUGACAUUGAACCGCCAGUCAUUGACAAUUCAAUUUAUAAGAAUAUCAGAAAACAAUCCGUCAGUCCACCAAAAGAGAUAAAAAGCUAUUGGCUGAAAAAUUGUAUAUUUUACUUAGCCGACGAUUUUAGAGGAGCGCACAUGUGUGGGAAUACAACUCCACUAGAAAUAGCAAGAUUAGCAUAUCAAAAACUUCUCGAUUUCGCUCUUUCUUGGAAUUUCAGACCCUACGUUCUUCACAAGUACGAUCUGUUUGACUUCGAACCAGGAAACUCUUAUUUUGACGUAUUUAUCAUUAGACGGAAGGUAUGCAUUGAAAUGGUGCUGGCAAUACUAGGGAAGCGUUUGCCACAGAACUUCAUGGACUGGAUAAAGAUUUGUGAACGAAACUACUACUACGCGCAUGUAGCUAAAACCCCGGUCACAAGAACGCUACGAGCUCCGUACGAGUAGGUUUUCAGUCGAAUUUUGGCAAACUCGUACGGCGUCCGUACGGACAUCGUUGACUCGUACUCGUAGAGGACUCGGGAACUCAGAGAAAAUGUUUCACCGAGCUCCCGCGUUAUCUACGAGCUCGUAGAGAUUUUCGAAGUCGGAAGCAGCUCGCAAGAACCCCGUACGGGAACCGCACGAGCCCCGGAAGAGCUCGUACGGGCGUCGCACGAUAUCCGUGCGGAUUUGGAAAACUGCGAGGCUUGCCGAUGCUCGCACGACUAUCGCACGGUCAACGUACGAUGUCCUUACGAUAUUCAGGACACCGUGCGGAGAACGUGCGAUGACCGUACGGGACUCACAGGGCGUUACGAUCGCCGUAUGGGCUCCGUACGACUUGUCUACGGUGUCAUUACGAAUAUUCUACGAUUGAAAAUGGAAAUUAUUCAAACGUCGCCGAACUGAUUUAUUCUUGUGGCACGGACACCGUGCGGACACCGUACGAGUGCCGUGCGAGCGCUGUACGAACCCACGAGUACCAUACGAGGUACGGCCGGGCUCCUUACGAGCUCCGCACGACUUGUCUGCGAUGUCGUACGGAUAUCCUACGAUUGCAUCCUCUAAAGAUCGUACGUGACCCGUAGGUACUGUGACCAGACGCUACGAUUAUACAGAGACCAUAAGGAUUUGUGGACUCGUACGAAUUUUAAACCCGUUCAGACAUCGUACGAUUUUGUGACCGAGGCAUUAGUUGGAUGUCUCACCUUUCACACUUUCUGAUGCCAAGAAAAAAUAUUGAGUUUUUGGCAGCAUGUGAUUUCUCUUUAACUCUUCUAAAACAAGAUUGUACCAUUUUGUACUUUUAACUGCUAUUUUGCUAAGCCUUAUUGACUUCAAAUGCUCUGCGUGUUAUUCAUCAUUUGGGAAAGUUUGUUCCAUUAUCUGUUUUACCUCAGAAAUUGUUAUUAUAUCUAGAUCAAUCAUGUGCUAAUACCCGGAUGAAAAUGUUAGCUUCAUGAUUUCUAUUGAUCAAUCAUUAUUUAAGAUUUUGUGUCUGUCGAUUUCUCUCUUCGCUCAAAAUGUAUUUUUGUUAAAAACCAUUACAUAAUGAGAUGUGGUUUAAUUAUGAAGGGGCUUGACAAACUUUUUACAUAUCAAUUAAAACUACAUGUAAAAUGUAAUUUAAUGGUAUUUCAGCUUUAAACAAUACUGAUGUCUUUUACUUUAAAGGCGUACGCUAGAAUUCCCUGUAUAUGAGAUGGGCGAAAAUUUUCCCAAUAACAGAAUUUCUUUAAACUUUGGAUAUUGAAGGACAAUCAUCUAAGAAACAAAAAAAUGCAAUAAAAAUCAUAGGUCAUCGGUAUCGAAAAAGAGUUAUCUGCCCUUGAAAACGUCAUUUUUGUGGGAAAUGCCGUUUUCAAGGGCAGAUAACUCUUAUUCGAUACCGGUGACCUAUGAUUUUUAUUGCAUUUUUUGGUUUCUUAGAUGAUUGUCCUUCGAUAUCCAAAGUUUGAAGAAAUUCUGUUAUUGGGAAAAUUUUCGCACCAAAUUCUAGCAUACGUCCUUAAGUUUAAAAAACAGAAAGAAUGAGACAGAAAGACAUAUUUCAAGUACUUUAUAAAUCUGAAUAUCUCCUUAUGUUUUCGUGCAUAAUUUAUGUGAACAGUUUGCUUAAACUCCUAAGAAGCGACAUAUAUUUACUUUGGUUUAGUACUGUUUGUCGAUCACAUCGAAUAUUGUUAUUGUGGUAAAAUACAAACAGUUUAUGGCUCUUUACAAUUUAAGCACAUUCGACACAUCAUGAAACCGAAACCGGGGAAUAUUUUUAACUAGCCUAAACAUUAUUGCAGUAUAAAUCAAGCCAUUCAAGACUUUCACAGGACAUAAAAUAUCACUAAGUAAAUAUUUUGUCAUAUAUUUGGUGUCAUAUUAAACCUAAAGAUGCGGAA